ACGGAACGCGAAUGAUGACGCAGUGCCGGUUUGGUUCUUACCACUUAAUAUUUCUUCUAGUGGUUGCCACAACAGAAUGCAAAUCGUGUGACAUUUUGAACAGCACUGAGGCAGUGCUGAAUUCAAUAAUUAAACUUACAUGCCCUUUACAACCAUGGACUGAAUUCACACAGAUCUUUUGGGAAGUUCUUCAAGGUGAAAGAGUUGGUUCGGUAACCAACUGCUCCUGCACCACAGAAGCCAAUCACAACAGAGCCAAUCGACUUCUGUGUAAAGUAAGAACAGUGCAGGAUUUACAAAAAGGAACUGGAUCACUGAUUAUUAGUCCUGUGGAGAUGACAGAUGCAGUUUGGUAUCGAUGUUACGUGGAAAGCAGAACUAGUUCUUAUUGUUCUCAAGUCAAGAUUGUUGUCAAAGAUGAGCCUCAACUUCAGACUCCGAUUAAAGAAUGCAAACGCAUCAGUCCAUUUGAAGCAGUGCUGAACUCAACAGUUAUGCUUGUAUGUCCUGUGGCCAGAUCAAAUCUUGGUGCCCCACAGUUAAUCUGGGGGACUCUUGAAGCAGAUGUGACUGUUCCUAUAACCCGCUGUCCUUCACAUUGCACCUCCAGUGGAGCCCAGAAACCACUCUGUGAGAGAGCUAAAACGAUGGAGAAUGGGUCACUGAUUAUUAGUCCUGUGGAGUCCACAGAUUCUCAGUGGUUCUGGUGUGCACUUGCAGUAAAGUCCACAUCAUGUUAUACAUUUAAGCUUACUGUCAAAGAUAAGGUCUCUCCUCAUCUGAUAAUUACAGCUGAUGGUGAUUCACAUCCAACACAAGACCCACAGGAGCAAACAAAUGGCAGCAAUGGUACAGACCUCAGUUCUAAUGCCACAGUGAGCAUGAUAACCUCAGCAACCUUUGUUUUCCUCUUUGUGGCCAUGCUGGUUGGAGUAUACAUCUAUUUCAGGAAAAAGAAAAGCAUGCAUGAAGUUGUACUUGAGAAUCCAUAUGAAGUUGUUGACGUAUGUGUAGAUGAUGAUAUUUUUCAGUAUUCUUUCACCCAGUUUGCCCCUGCCAGCUCAUAUAGCUUCAUGGACAAAUGAGAAGAGCCAUACAGACAUCUCAGAAUCCCAUUCUGUUCCCUAAACAUGGCCAUGUCUGAUGGAACAGUCAAGAUUUUAUUUUUUUCCCCCGCUUAUGCAAUUCCCGUAUUUUCUCCCUUUACGUCCUCACUGUUAUAUAUUCAAAAACACACCAAAUAUGUCUGAAAAGUGCAUGUGUGUUGUCUGAAUUAAAUUAAAUGCCAGGUAGGUAUUCCAGCAAGCAGGUUUAGUGAAAAACUCUGUUUGUUAACCCUGAAAUGGGGGAAACGCUGGGUUUUCCAUUCCAGAGGUAACUUGGCUUCCACGAUAACAGAGACUAUGAAACUGACCUGCUCACUGGCAGGUUUUCUUUCAUUCCUUUUUCUUCACCCACCCAAAAUCAAACCCUGGGUUUCUCACCAUUUCCUCCCUCCUGCUGAGUUUGAUGCAGCAACUUGAUGUGUCCUCGUUAACCCAAUUGAUGUUGAAGCCGAAUUAAUUCACAUAGCCUUACAUCGGGAGAGAAUUUUGAGACCUUGAUUAGAUGUGCUAUGUAAUCAUUAGAGUCUAGAAUCAGAUUUUAAUAUACUCUAGUCUAAUUAUUAGACUACAGUACACUGAAAUUUUAUGAUAUUUUAAAUGCAUGCAAACUAAAAAAAAAUACCCACUUCAAACUGUUUAUUUUAGAUUAUUUUAAAAUUGUUACUUUUAAUUUCUUCUAUUACAGUUUUUGUCUUAUGUAUCCCCUAGAGGCAGUCUGUGCAGCUCCAUAAUUUGGGAAACCCAGAAGCAGAACGAUAAUUUUUCCCCCAUCUAGCAGGUUACCAUGGUGAAUCAUUCUAUCAGAACUCCAUUGAUGAUGGCUUUUUAUAUUCGUCUUGUACACACAACUUGGAGUGAACAUACUCAGAAGUGACUGAACUAACUCAGGUCAGCUGUUCUGUAAUCAAAAACAUGGAGUUUCACAUCUCAGGGUUCAUCAACACAAAGUUCAGAGUUUGUUAAACCUGCUUUCUGGAAUGCUCCCCUGAUUGAAGCUUAAAUAUCAAUGAAUGUUGUGAUUUUAUAUGGUGUGUUUCAUAACAUUUAUAGGGUAUAAAUGUUAUCACUAUUAUCCAAAAUAAGAAAAAUCCUAAACCUCAUGGUGUGCAUUUUUAAACUGACAAACUCAGUAGUCAGCUAAAGUAAAAUACAAUGUGGAAUAUUUACAAGUAAUUAAAUUCAGGUGAAUUUUGUUAUGCAUUCACACAGUGCAGGUGCAAAACAAACAAACAAACAAAAAAACCUUCCAAAGCAAAAAAGAAUAUGGGAACGCAGCCCGUUUUGUUGAUUAGCUGGCGGUACAGUGGUUAGCAAGUUAGCAAGAAGGUUCUGGGUUCAAACAUCAUGGCUGAUGGGGGCCUUUCUGUGUGGAGUUUGCUUGUUCUCCCCAUGUCUACAUGGGUUUCCUCUGGGUGCUCGGGUUUUCUCCUACAGUCUAAAGACGUGCAGAUUAGGUAAAAUUACCCAGCCACUGGGGUUGCACAAGCCAGUGCAUACUUGGUGCUGGUCCCAAGCCUGGACAAACUGGGAAUCAAAUAUCUGGAUCAUAAAUUGGGACAGGAUGAAAGCAGAUGAUCCACUGUGGUGACCCCUAAUGGGAGCAGCCAAAAGAAGACAUAAAAUUUUGUUGACUAGCUAGCUGUUCUUUGUCUGUUAGCCUCCUCAAGCGUUAGAUAUGUUGGCGUUAGCAGCAUAGUGUCUGUGGUUCUGGUUAUGUUAGCUUAGCAUGCUACCAUUCAGAGUGGUGUGCAGUACUUGUGCAAAAUAUUGCAAAAAAAAAAUUGUCUGAGCAUACUUACUUCAAGACAUAAGUAGUGAUCUGUCUCCUGGCUAACGGGAAAACAGUGACAACAACAGUGUACAUCCCUGCCAAUGUUAUUUAUGAAAGAUUGCAACAUAGGCUAUAACCUUAUCGGUGUUAUUUCUGUGUCACUGUUCUUUUUCCGAAUGACAAGUCAUCAAUUUCCGUUCCAUCUCAGGCUAGCCUGCAAAUAAAUAAAUUCAUCUCAUGCUAAACCUUUUGAUCAUUCUUUGUCAAUCCUUUGCCAGAUAAGCCUUGAAUGUUUGCAACUUUGCAAGCCUAUCUCAGCUAGCAUGUAAUAAAUUACACUGCCCAGUGUACACUCACCAUCCACUUUAAUAGGAACUUGUUCUUGAUUCGAAGAUUCCUGUUCUUGGCUGGCAGGAGUGGCACCCAAUGUGUGGUCUGCUGUUGCAGAAGAUAUUUUUCUACUCUCCACGGUUGUAAACAGUGAUUUAUAUGAGUUACUAUAUCCUUCCUUGCAGCUCAAACCAAUCUGGCCAUUUUCCUCUGACCUCUCUUAUCAACAAGGCAUUUCCACCCACAGAACUGUCGCUCACUCAAUGUUUUUUGUUUUUCACACCAUUUUGUGUAAACUCUAGAGACUGUUGUGUGUGAAAACCCCCAGGAGAUCAGCAGUUUCUGAAAUACUCAAACCAGUCUAUCUGGCACCACCACCCAUGCCACAGUGAAAGUCACACAGAGCACAAUUUUUCUCAUUCUGAUGUUUGAAGUGAACAUUAACUGAAGCUCUUGAUUUGUAUCUGCAUGAUUUUAUGUAUUGUGCUGCUGUCAAGGGAUUGGCUGAUUAGAUAACUGCAUAAAACAGGAAGUGUAUGGGUACUUAGCAAACAGUGUAUAUGGCCAGAAAAUGCAAGCAUAUUAUUUCAACAAAACUAAAAUGUUCUGUAUUUUGAUUUAUUUAUUUUUUGGAAUGUUAGUGUUCAUAUCCGAUAUCGCAAUAAUAUGCAGUCAUAUUUGUGCAAAAUCUAUUACUAUACGUUGUCAAUUGACAUGGGUUUUGGCUUCUGCCCAUUCCUGUGCAAAAGUCUUAGGCACUCUUUAAGGUGGGGUUUACAUUAGACCGUAUCAGCGGAUCAUCAGAUUAACGAUUUUAAAAAUGAUUAGCAUGCACACAGCAACGCCAAUACACGAUUCGCGUGCACACAGCAACGCCAAUACACGGAUACGCUAAUCACAUGACUAAUUCGGCACGUAAGUUGAAAUGUGUCAGUGCGGCUCAUCGCUUCCUCCUCAGCGGCUGCGCUCCAAAUCACUCCGCCCUGAACAGCGAGUGCCCUCUGGAGGGUGCGCACUCCGGCCCUGCGCAGCUCACAGAGAGCGCGAGUGAAGCGCACGAGCAGUGAUUCGGGACUGAGCCGCUGUGCGCAAGUCACUUACCACUUGCAAGUGGAAGGAUGGCAAGCCUAAAGACCAUCAUAACUACACAAUGGGCAGUAUUUGCAUCAGUAUUUGCAGUAUUUUCAUACUUUUAUACUCUUUAAUGAAAGGUGAUACAAGGCGGAAGUCCGUGCCGUUUUUCAUCAGUCGCGUCACAUGACCAACGCCAGCGAAUCAGGAAGGUGGAUGUCACAGUGACGUUGUCCAAUGACGACGCCAGCUAGAGCUCAGCACAGCGUAUCCUCGUAUUCUCAAUGUUUACACAGCACCGGAUCAGACACGAUCUGGAUUGAAUACGUGGACCCUGGUGGAUUCCCGUUUCCCGGCGUUUCCAGGCGUUUUAAUGUAAACGGACAGUGCAUCCGCGAAGAAAACGAGACAGAUACGGUCUAAUGUAAACUUGGCCUAAGAGUGCCUAAGACUUUUGCACAGUACUGUAUUUUAUUUUUCUAACACCUUUUUUUAACCACGUAAUUCCAUGUAUGUUCCAUAAGUUAUUUCAUAAUUUUUAUGUCUUCAGUAUUGAUCUACAAUGUAAAAAUAGUCAAAAUAUAGAAAAACCUAUGAAUGAGUAGGUGUGUUCAAACUUUUUACUGGUAAUCUAUGUUUAGGCCAAAUAACUAAUAAUUUGUGAGUGGAUAAAGAUUCCUUAAAUGUGUUGAUGUCAUUUUGAAGUGCUGACUCUUCCCAGUUUAAAUCUGAGAUGCAAUUUGCUUUAGUAUUUGUCUAUCCAUACAUUUUGUAACCAAGUAUAAAACUAGUUCAUGACUAGUGCAUGACUAGCUCACACCAAAACCAUCAUGCAAAACUUUGUUACCAGAAGCUGUGGCAUUGUUUACAAACCUCCACUGCUAAAACAAACUGCUUUCCAUCUGCAACAGAAAGAUUCACCAUUCAAGAAACUUUAGCCAUGAGACCCAUGGAACUCCUAAAACCUUAAGAAGAAUUCUAAAUGCUACAACCAUCCAAAUACUUUGAACACUUCCUCAGAUCAACAUGGCAAAGACAAAGCUAUGAAAGCAAUCAUUUUGAAUACUGAUGUGCUUUCAGUUGAUUUGUAAUUGUGAAUUCUGUUGUGCAGAGGAACUUACAAGUUGUUUGUUUAUUCUGUUUAAAUCUACCACCACUUUGCCGUGUUGGGUCUCAGGCAGCUAACUGGUUAAGAGAGUAACCCAAUCUUAUUGGGUAUUAUUGUUACCCAAUAUUAUUAUGGUAAUAUUGAGUUUCAUUUCAUUUUCACAGUCCAUCCAUUCAUAUAAAAAUGUUAUUUGUGUUUG